UAUGAGCUCACAGCUGUCAAACAAAACAAUGAUUCAUAACAUAAAGUUAGAAACUACAAUAUUAUCAAUACUGCGAAAUUAAAAACAUUUUGCGUUAAAUUUUAAGAAAUACUGGUUGAAUCGCGGCAAAAACGCUUUUAUUAACUAAGUUUACUUGUGCAGUUUUUCAUUUGUAUAAAGGCCAUCAAACUGGGUAACGAAAUGUCAACAUCGUCCAUGGAAAAACAUCUCUUUAAUUUAAAAUUUGCCGUUAAGGAGUUGGAGCGCAAUUCGAAAAAAUGUGAAAAAGAGGAGAAACUUGAAAAGGUAAAAGCCAAGAAGGCUAUACAGAAGGGUAACAUGGAUGUAGCACGUAUACAUGCGGAAAAUGCAAUAAGACAAAAAAAUCAAGCAGUAAAUUAUUUGCGUAUGAGUGCGCGAGUAGAUGCAGUUGCAAGCCGUGUGCAAUCGGCAUUAACCACACGUAAAGUAACCAGUUCAAUGGCUGGUGUUGUCAAGGCAAUGGAUGCGGCCAUGAAAGGUAUGAAUUUGGAGAAAAUCUCCUCAUUAAUGGAGAAAUUCGAAUCCCAAUUUGAAGACUUGGAUGUACAAAGUUCGGUUAUGGAAAAUACCAUGUCGGACACAACUACAACUUCAGUACCUCAAGGAGAUGUUGAUAAUCUCCUACAACAGGUAGCAGAUGAGGCUGGCUUGGAGUUGAAUAUGGAGUUACCCAGUGGUGUACAGAGUUCUACUAUUGGUGCAUCAACACAGGUUUCCCAAGAACAAGACGAGUUGACUCAACGAUUAGCACGUUUAAGACAAGCCGAAUAGAUAACCUGCAUUUGGAGUCAAUAAAUCAUUAUGAUUUUGCAGUUUUGAUAGCCUUUGGUAUUAUUAUACAUAUGUUAAUAAAAGCGAAUAUUUCUAAUAGAAUUCAAAUGCUAGCUGUAUUAUCACCAGCUCUAAAUAUAA